UCAAACUACCCCCAUACAAAUUUAGUUAGAAUUGAAGAUUAAAAGAUCAUGUAAUCUAUAUUUGAAGCUGUAAAUACAUGGGUGCAGUGGCAAAUUUAUUGUUCUUGGAGUCCCCGGCUGGCACUGGCUUCUCUUACUCCAACGCCACCUCGGAGAAUUCAGAAAGUGGUGAUGAGAAAACGGCAUUUGAUGCUUACACUUUCAUGCUAAAUUGGUUCGAACGAUUCUCAGAAUACAAAAACAGGGAUUUCUACAUCUCAGGAGAGAGCUAUGCAGGGCACUAUGUUCCGCAACUCGCUUAUCAAGUAGUUCGGCACAAUCAAAUGGCUGCAAAAACCAUCAUAAAUCUCAAAGGCAUCACGAUUGGUAACCCAUGGAUCGACGCUCUGAUUGACCGCCUAGAAUUGUACGAGUACUUGUGGAGCCAUGCGAUCCUCUCGGACGAGACCAUCAAUGCCAUCCAUAAAUAUUGUAAUUUCUCAGUUAACACCACCAGUCAACCCAAACCAUGCGACGACACCCUCGAUCAUGCGGAGUCAGACAUUUUUGACAUUAACAUCUACAACAUUUAUGCCCCUAACUGCAACACCACCAGCAAGCACAAGCCUUGUGCAAGUGACCUGGAAUUUGAUCCUUGCACAGAUUACUACGUGGAAAUGUAUCUGAAUCUUCCCCAAGUCCAAAAGGCACUCCAUGCUAACGUUACUGGGCUAAAGUAUCCAUGGCUUUCAUGCAA